GAGACCUAAACAAAAUACAAAACAAACAUUUCCAUCAAUUGUAAAGUUUGAUUAUAAAAAAAUCGUGUUGCCGCUUAUAAUUGAAUUUGUGAGAAUUUACCUCAAUUUUAACAAUUUAGUUAUCAAAUGACACAGUGAACAUCAAAUGCUUCAUUGUUUUAAACUCAAGAUGGGAUUAAAGUGAUUAAUGUUUGAUUUAAAAGGUGAUAUUCAAAUUGGGACAAGAAAAAUUUGACCAUUUGUAAAUGGAAACCAGUUUUGAUGGUUAAAAAUAUGGUCAAAUUUUCGUGAUCUCAGCGCAAGUCUUUAGCUUUUUAUCUUGGAUGACGGAAGCUGAAUAACAUCAAUUUUUCGUAAUGUCAACUACGACUACAACUGUACCAUCUAACCAGGAAAAGCUGAGGGAAUUGUUGAAUGAAGAAAGACAGCGAAGUGAACAAAGAAAACAAAAUUACAAUCAGUUGAGAGAUGAACAGGUUAAACUGCGAACAGAUUAUUUAGCCUUGCAAUCGGAAAUUAAAACUAUCCUGGAAGAGACCAAAGUGUUGAAGAAGCAAAAAGAGGAUGAUCUGGAAGAAGCAAGGAAAAAGAUUGAACAACAAAAUCAACUAAUUGAGAAGUUGAAACGUGAACUAGACCUUCGAGAUCCUCGUUUGAUUGAACAACAGUUGACGCAAAAAUUACGUGAACCAUAUUUAGAGUUAGAGAAGGAAAGAGAUGGCCUUUUACGGGAACGUGAACGACUUUUGGGUGAUUUAAAAUGUUCAAAACAAAAGGUUGAACACAUUGAGAAGGAGAUGAUAGAGUCCAUUGAAAGAGUCCGAUUGAGUUAUGAGGUUGCAAAUGCGGCAAUUCAAAAGGAAAAGGAAGAGUUGAAAGUUAAAUUGUUGGAGAUUACAAAGACUCCUGAAGGGCAAAAGAUAUCAAUGUUAACUGAACAGGUUCAAAGUUUAAGUGUCAAGUUACGGAGUAAGGAGAAGGCAUUGGAAGAUGCAACUCGUCAAUAUACAAAGAUUCAAAAUAAUAUUGAACAUCUUAGUCUGGAACAGGAGAAGACAUUAGCAGAACAUGAAAGGCAAAUUGAAAUGUUACGCACUCAAUUGACAGCUUCUCGUGAAGAUAAUAUUAAACUGGAUGAUAUAGUUAAACAUCUUCGCCGAGAGAAAGAUAAUUUAACCAGAGACAUUAAACGUUUGGAGCGUGAUCAAAGUCGCCAUCAGGAACAACUAUUACAACUGGAACAAGCAAAAAAAGUUUCAUUGGAGCAACGGAUAGUUGAAUUGAAUGAGGAAAAGAGUUCAUUAAAACAAGAACUGGACAAUUUUAAACGGCUACUGGAAACAAAUGGGGAACUUCGUAUGAACCUGGAAAAAGAAGUAAUGCUUCUGAAAGCCAAGAUUGAAUCGUACCAAAGCUUCCAGGAGGAAAUUGAUAGACUCAGGCGAAAUCAGGCCAAUUGUGCCGAAGAGUUGGAUAAGGUGCGUGAUGAGUUGGUUACUGCGUCAGCGAUGAAAAAAGAUUUAACCAUUCAAUUGCAGCGAUCAGAGGAGGAAUACAAUCGGGUUAAGAUGAUUCUGGAUGAAGAGAGGAGAGAAGUAUUUGAAUAUAAGGUUGAAAGUGAUAAAAUAGUUAACAAAUUGAAAAGUUGCCUGGAAGAGGAAAGAAAUGAAAUGAAAAUUAGAUUAGAUAAUUUAAAUGAUGAAUGUAAAAGGAAACACAAGGAAAGGGAAGAAAUGAAGGUAAAAUGUAAGCAAUAUGCAAGUUUAGUUGAAAAAUUACAGGUAGAGGUUAAAUCAUUGAAAGAUCAAGUUGAACAGUUGGAAAAAUUGAGCAAAGAAAUGGUUCCUCUGAAAGUAUAUAAAGAGUUGAAGAGACAAUACAAGGAAUUGAAGCGUCUAUUGAAUGAUCUACCAACAUCAAGUCUAGUCAAUUUAUCUCACCAACAAUUAAAUCAAAAACCUGCCUUAUUUUCAGUCCAAUCAAACCAUUGUAAAGUUACCAAAACUCGAGAGAAACAAACGACAACUUCUUGAUCACAUUUAAUCAUCAAAUUAUCCUCAUAAUAGUCCAAUUAACUUAUUGAAAUUAGUAUUUGCAUUUUUUAUCCUCUUUUUUCAUUAAAUAUUGUUUACAUUGUUUUUAUCGUCUAAAUUGGCCAUUACCAAAAGUGGAUCAAAUGAUGCAAAAAUAACCUCAACCUGGACAUCACUGGUAAAACCUAAAUUGAAGCUAAUAGUUGUCAGCAAUCAACUGAACAGCAAAAAACAAGUUUUAUUUCGCCAAAGAUGACUGUGCCUAUUGAUGGUUUGACAAUUAGUUUGAAAUGAUUUUUUUAAUGAUGUUAACAUAACUAACCUCAAUAGAAUCGAGGUUUGAUUCUGAUUACAAUUAACGUAUCAACUACAGAAUAAAAAAGAGCAACAAUGAAUUACUUUCUAAUUUACUCUCUUUUUUUGUUUCAAAUAUAAUUUACUAAUUUUUUAGUCAUCUAAUAUAGCUUUUCACUUGCUCAAUGUGAUCAAUCAUUUGAGAAAUAUGAUCAACAGUUAAUAUUGAUGGUAUCCUGGCAGUUGAUCCUGUAUUAUAACUGUAAUCAGAUUUACUUGCCGGUAAACCUGAGCAAAAGACAGUGAAAUAUCAAAUGGUUCCUAAAUCUUCACAAGUAAUUAGUAAAAUAUUUUUCAGGUAUUGGAUCAGAUAAGAGAAGAGCAAAUAAGCAAUAAUAUGCACC